AGUCAUUGUUGCAAAAAAUGUACGACCUAUAUUCCUUCUCAAAUGGAGAUAGUAGGCUCAUAUAAGCUACCCCGACAUAAUUAUUACUCCGUAUUGUUCUUUUUUUUGUUUUGUACUGAGGAGUGAGGAGAGUAAGUGUACUGCACUUUGAUUCUUCUUCUUUCCUACUAAGUGCCGUACUGCCGCCAUCUCCACCACCGCUCACAGCGGGCAUUCCUUAUCAACGACUUUCCGAUCCAUUUUCCCGGCGGUAGCGUCGUAUAAGUAUGUGGCGACUAUAUUAUGUUAUGUUACACUAUUGCUAUUUAACGAUCCUAUACAGGGUUCUUUUUUUCUUAUAAUUUGUAUGCUGGGCAGUGUGUUUUUAAUUCAUUCAACAUUAAUGCAAUUUGUCUGUUAUCCCUGCGUGGCGUAUUAUUUGGUUUCGGCGAUUACUGCCGAAUCGGCUCACAUGGAUUAAGAUGGCUGUUAGGGGGGAAGUGUCAACCUUAUCUGAGCACGCGAAAUGGGCUACAAAGGAGUCAGUUUGAGUUCGGAUCUAUGGCUGGCUCCACAACCUAGCAAGCGGUGGGGGGAGUUGUUCUUUCUUCUCUACACUCCCUUUUGGCUCACCCUCUGUCUUGGCAUUGUUGUUCCUUACAAGCUCUAUGAGAAUUUUACAGAAUGGGAGUACCUGCUUUUGGCACUUGUUUCAGCACUUCCUGCUUUCAUAAUACCAAUAGUUUUUGUUGGAAAGGCUGAUAAAAGACUUCAUUGGCAUGAAAGGUACUGGGUAAAGGCCAAUCUCUGGAUAUUAAUAUUUUGCUAUGUUGGAAAUUACUUUUGGACUCAUUAUUUCUUCACAGUGUUGGGGGCUUCAUAUACAUUUCCUUCUUGGAAAAUGAAUGAUGUCCCCACACAACAUUUCUUCUUGCACAUGUCUGUUUCCUGUUUUACCAUGUUGCGUCCAACAUAACUCUCCGUAGACUACAGGCAGCUAUUGCUAACUUGCCAGAAAACACUCAGUUGAUUCUGAAAGCCAGCUGGAUCCUAGCUUUUUCUUAUUUUAUAGCAUAUCUGGAGACCAUUGCCAUUUCCAAUUUCCCAUAUUAUGACUUUGUGGACCGGGCAUCCAUGUACAAAAUCGGUUCCUUGUUUUAUGCGAUCUACUUUAUUGUGAGCUUUCCAAUGUUUUUGAGGAUUGAUGAGAAACGUGGUGAUUUAUGGGACUUGCCAAGGGUAGCCAUUGAUGCUUUAGGAGCUUCAAUGCUUGUAACAAUUAUACUAGAUCUGUGGCGCCUAUUCCUAGGUCCCAUAGUUCCUAUUCCAGAAUCAAAGCAAUGCCUUCCACCAGGUCUUCCUUGGUUCCACAGUAGUUAAUUAGGAGUUUAAGAGCGAUCUACCUUGUCUUCUCUCCUGCUUCGGUUAUCUCCUCUCAGCUUGCCAAGGCCCAAGAGUAAUGCUCUGAAAGUGCAAAUUAAGUCAUGGUUGCAUAUUCUGGUUGCAAGUUUUUUUUUAAAUUAUUACUAUCAUGCUUAAGGCUGUGUUGUUGUGGUUGUUGCAUUUUCUUUAUUUAACCAUUUGGUAUUCUAUUGGUUGGGUAUACAUCAUAUGUCAUAUUGAUAUUGUUUCGUGGUUGCCUUGUAUAAUUAAUCAUAUGUCAAGUGUGUCUUUGACAUGUCGUUUUGUUUUUAUUGUAGAUGAAGUAUUAUAAAUUUUCAACCAUCACCAUUUAGUAGGUGAAAAGGAAAAGAAGUAGAUGAAAAGAAACUCUACUUUAAAUAGCUAUUCUUUUAAUUUUAAUCAAUUUUAUCCUUUUUCAAUCUAUGUGUUCAUCUUUACACUGAAUUUCAGCAGAAAAUGUCAAAUAAUCUUAAAGACUAUUUCAUCCUACAUUUACGUU